AUGGCGCAGUGGAUAGCGCGCUGGACUUCUAAUCCAGAGGCCGCGGGUUCGAAUCCCGCUGGGGAUGCAUGUUUGGUCUGGCGGCCACGGUUAGGGUGCCGUGCUGGUGCUGGUGGCACUCUUGCCAUCACCGUCAGUUGCCUUCCCCCCCCCUGCUACGUCACAUUAACACCGUCACAGUGCCCUCUACCUGGACCAGCGCGUCACAGUGCCCUCUACCUGGACCAGCACCGUCACAGUGCCCUCUACCUGGACCAGCGCGUCACAGUGCCCUCUACCUGGACCAGCACCGUCACAGUGCCCUCUACCUGGACCAGCGCCGUCACAGUGCCCUCUACCUGGACCAGGGCCGUCACAGCGCCCUCUACCUGGACCAGCGCCGUCACAGUGCCCUCUACCUGGACCAGCGCCCUCUACCUGGACCAGCACCGUCACAGUGCCCUCUACCUGGACCAGUGCCGUCACAGUGCCCUCUACCUGGACCAGUGCCGUCACAGUGCCCUCUACUUGGACCAGGGCCGUCACAGUGCCCUCUACGUGGACCAGGGCCGUCACAGCGCCCUCUACCUGGACCAGGGCCGUCACAGUGCCCUCUACCUGGACCAGCACCGUCACAGUGCCCUCUACCUGGACCAGGGCCGUCACAGCGCCCUCUACCUGGACCAGCGCCGUCACAGUGCCCUCUACCUGGACCAGCACCGUCACAGUGCCCUCUACCUGGACCAGCACCGUCACAGUGCCCUCUACCUGGACCAGCACCGUCACAGUGCCCUCUACCUGGACCAGCACCGUCACAGUGCCCUCUACCUGGACCAGUGCCAUCACAGUGCCCUCUACCUGGACCAGCACCGUCACAGUGCCCUCUACCUGGACCAGCACCGUCACAGUGUCCUCUACCUGGACCAGUGCCGUCACAGUGCCCUCUACCUGAACCAGAGCCGUCACAGUGCCCUCUACCAGGACCAGCACCGUCACAGUGCCCUCUACCUGGACACGCGCCGUCACAGUGCCCUCUACCUGGACCAGUACCGUCACAGUGCCCUCUACUUGGACCAGAGCCGUCACAGUACCCUCUACCUGGACCAGAGCCGUCACAGCGCCCUCUACCUGGACCAGUGCCGUCACAGUGCCCUCUACUUGGACCAGGGCCGUCACAGUGCCCUCUACCUGGACCAGGGCCGUCACAGCGUCCUCUACCUGGACCAGGGCCGUCACAGCGCCCUCUACCUGGACCAGCACCGUCACAGUGCCCUCUACCUGGACCAGCAUCGUCACAGUGCCCUCUACCUGGACCAGUGCCGUCACAGUGCCCUCUACUUGGACCAGGGCCGUCACAGCGCCCUCUACCUGGACCAGGGCCGUCACAGCGCCCUCUACUUGGACCAGCACCGUCACAGUGCCCUCUACCUGGACCAGCACCGUCACAGUGCCCUCUACCUGGACCAGCACCGUCACAGUGCCCUCUACCUGGACCAGCACCGUCACAGUGCCCUCUACCUAGACCAGCACCGUCACAGUGCCCUCUACCUGGACCAGUGCCGUCACAGUGCCCUCUACUUGGACCAGGGCCGUCACAGCGCCCUCUACUUGGACCAGUGCCGUCACAGUGCCCUCUACUUGGACCAGGGCCGUCACAGCGCCCUCUACCUGGACCAGGGCCGUCACAGCGCCCUCUACUUGGACCAGCACCGUCACAGUGCCCUCUACCUGGACCAGCACCGUCAGAGUGCCCUCUACCUGGACCAGCACCGUCACAGUGCCCUCUACCUGGAUCAGCGCCGUCACAGCGCCCUCUACCUGGACCAGCGCCGUCACAGUGCCCUCUACCUGGACCAGCGCCGUCACAGUGCCCUCUACUUGGAACAGCACCGUCACAGUGCCCUCUACCUGGACCAGCACCGUCACAGUGCCCUCUACCUGGAUCAGCGCCGUCACAGCGCCCUCUACUUGGACCAGCACCGUCACAGUGCCCUCUACCUGGACCAGCGCCGUCACAGCGCCCUCUACUUGGACCAGCGCCGUCACAGCGCCCUCUACUUGGACCAGCACCGUCACAGUGCCCUCUAUCUGGACCAGCACCGUCACAGCGCCCUCUACUUGGACCAGCGCCGUCUCAGCGCCCUCUACCUGGACCAGCACCGUCACAGUGCCCUCUACCUGGACCAGCGCCGUCACAGCGCCCUCUACUUGGACCAGCGCCGUCACAGUGCCCUCUACCUGGACCAGCGCCGUCACAGUGCCCUCUACCUGGACCAGCACCGUCACAGUGCCCUCUACCUGGACCAGCGCCGUCACAGCGCCCUCUACCUGGACCAGCGCCGUCACAGUGCCCUCUACCUGGACCAGCGCCGUCACAGCGCCCUAUACCUGGACCAGCGCCGUCACAGUGCCCUCUACAUGGACCAGCGCCGUCACAGUGCCCUCUACCUGGACCAGUACCGUCACAGUGCCCUCUACCUGGACCAGCACCGUCACAGUGCCCUCUACUUGGACCAGAGCCGUCACAGUGCCCUCUACCUGAACCAGAGCCGUCACAGUGCCCUCUACCAGGACCAGCACCGUCACAGUGCCCUCUACCUGGAUCAGCGCCGUCACAGUGCCCUCUACCUGGACCAGUACCGUCACAGUGCCCUCUCCCUGGACCAGUACCGUCACAGUGCCCUCUACCUGGACCAGAGCCGUCACAGUACCCUCUACCUGGACCAGUACCGUCACAGUGCCCUCUACCUGGACCAGAGCCGUCACAGUACCCUCUACCUGGACCAGUACCGUCACAGUGCCCUCUACCUGGACGAGAGGCGUCACAGCGCCCUCUACCUGGACCAGAGCUGUCACAGCGCCUCCCGCCAGAAAACAAUUGCAACAAUCCAAAGAAGUUUGACAACAAACACUGACUCUCUAGAGUGUUUACAAACACUAACAUUCAGGUGGAGUUAA